AUGUAAUUAAUUGAUGCCAUUUUCGAGGAUCAAUUCAAACCAGCUCUCAUUGAACACUACAAACAAAACAAAAUAGUCCGAAGAGCUGAUUAUCUUUUAAAGGCAUUAUAAUCUGUGGAUCAAACACCCCUGGAAGAAUAACAAAAGUUUUACGAUCAUUUAGAGAAAUAAUUAUUAAAAUGUUCUUCACUAUAAGCUUUAGCAUUAAUACACAACUAAAAUGAGCAGAUUGUAGAUUUGUUAUUGGAGUUUUGUCUGACAAAUGAAAUUCACACGCAAUAAUUGUUUCGGAUUAUCGAUUGGUUUUUGGGAGCAAUCACAUUGACUAAGCGAAAUUACAAAACUAUGUUCAUGUACAUCAAAAACUAGAUGUACAAUUCCUAAUUAACAAACGAAAAGGUUCAGAGAUUCAUAACAUUAUUAUAAAAAGUUUUUGCAGAAUAACACUACAAUUCCCCUUAUGCCUCAUUCUACUUCAAUUAUAUUCACAGUGGAUUGGUUGUAGACACAAGAGAAAUGAAAUGGUGUUUUAGCAAAGGCAUUUCUCUACAAACCUGGCUUUAUCCUAUUGCAAUAAAAUCAGAAGUUGAAACUAAAAUUAUGUACCUAAUGUCUGAUAAAAAAAAAGGAUGUCAAUUUAUUUUAAAUGGAAACAAAUUAGUCUAUCAAUAUGUUGAUCUAAAUUCCCCUCAUCAUGAAGUCCCUAUUAGUCUGAUCGAAAUACCUUAUAAUGAAUGGUCGUCUUUAUGCAUUCAGAUUCAAUCCAAAAAAUUCUUCCUGUAGGAAUCCUAUUACCUCUAUUUGACUUGUGGGAAUCAAUAAAUAAGAGAAAUCAAAAUAGAUUUUCCCCAAAUCACUAAUGAGGCUCUUGUCAUUGAAUUUCAAUUUUUUACCAACUUUUAUGGUUAUGUCACUAGUCUGCUAAUUUAUAAUGAUGGAUUUGAUGGAAAUGAUUUAACUUGCGGAGACAAAAACUUGGGUAUUUAAACAAAUGAUCACCUUAGAAAUUUGCAUAAAUCUCAUGGCAAUAAUAGAUUACUAUUGUGUUAUACUCCACUCAGAGCUAGAGCCAAUUUUAUAACUGAUCCAAUCAAUCAAUUUGAUGGAGCCUUACAAUCAUAUAGUGGGUCUUACUUGAGAAUAACACAAAAACAGCAAUUUGCAUAAUUUUGUAGAAUUGAAAACUUUGUUCCUCUACUAUUGUUUUUACGACUGUAGCCUUACGACUAAUUGUUGAAUGAGUUGUUGGCUCUAUUCUGUUAAAUUUUUAAAUCAAGACCAGAAUCAUAGUCAGAUGCAAUCAGAACAGAAUAUUUAAGUUUGAUAGCCCUUAAACUUAAUGAUUCCGGACUCGCUAUGAUCAACAGCUAAACAAUAGAACUGCUCUCCCAAUUAUAUAACUCCAUUCAGGACGUGAAAUUAAAGUAACAAUUCGUAUGCAGUCUGUUGUGGAGAAUCCAAAUUUAUAGACUAGAUGAUUUUUCUAUCAUUGAGGACUAUCUAAAAUUUAUACGAGUGAUCUACAAUGAUAAUCCUGAAUUUUGUAUAUCCAUUUUUGGUAUAAGUAAGAUACUAGAAACUCUGAUAUAUGAUAUUGAUCCAAAAAAUAGAUUAUGCUGCGAAGAACACGCUAAUCAAAUGGGGUAUACCAAUUUUAGUUUGCCAACAAUACCGUACUCUUAAUUAAUUGAUUCCUAUCUAAACAUCAUUGAUGCAAUUCUGCAUUAUAAACUAUUUUAGUCGCAAUCCAAAAUUGAGAAAGAGAAUAUCAUAGAUAUUACAAGAGUCUUCACGUUAAAAUGCUCUCCUUGCUUUUACUAAUUACUACUCAAAAAGCUAUAAGGAUUAUUUUAAUACGAGACCAAGAGCAAUAAUCCCAUAUCUCAGAUCCUCAUCCAAGAGGAAGUAAUGCAAAUGUUAUUGAAUCUACUAACAACUUGUUCCUGUCCAGAUGUGAAAACUAGUUGUAUCAAAUUGAUAGCCGAGAGCAUUCGGAUUAAUUAAUCUUCAAACGAAAAAGAAAUUGCUAGUUGGAUUGCUCACACUCUAGGAAAUAGUGCUGCAGUGGAGACCUACUCAGAUGAUGAAGAUGAGGAUGUUUAACCUAGAAAACCAUUAGUAAAUUAAGCUUUAGUCUUUCAUUAACAAGAAGAACAAUAAAGUUCAAUUGAGGAAAAAAAAAAAUAACCAGUCACACAAACGAAAAAGAUUGUAUAGCCAAAUAGAAGAAUCAUAGAUUAUGAACCUCUCUAUGUUGCAAUUAUGGAAUGGAUGUUGAGAACAAGAGUUGGCAAAACCAAUUCAGACACACUUAUUCUAGAUGAGAAUUUCGUUAUUAAAUCGGAUGGUGGAUUAUCUUUGUUGAUCAGCUAUUUCCAAUAUUGUGUGGAUUCAGUCAAAGGUCGCAUCAUGUAAGAUUUAUGUAUGCUAAUUAAAUGGAAUCAGGCCAGUGCCCUUUUUCUAUUAAAUAAUGAAGAGUUUCAUUGGUGGAUCCUAGAAACCCUCCUAGAAAUCUAAUAUUAAUAUAACAAUAGAGAAUUGACACAAUUUGAGUUCUGGAUUUGGGAUAGUGGAUUGAAAUUAUAUUGCAAUGUUAUCAAAGUUGCUAUUUAAAAUGAAAAAAAUGGAUUUCAAAGGGUGGCUUAAUUGCAAAGUUAUUGCAGAGUAUUGGAGGAAUUCUUUAAAGAAAAGAUCAAUUAGUAAGCUACCUAAUUAUUGAUGAGACUGAUAUAUAAGCAAUUACUAUCUAAUUUAUCUGACUGUUAUAAAUUGGACUUGUUUUCAGUGUUUUGGGUCAACCUAUAUUCUGUUAUUUUUGAAACAUUCAGAUUGGUAACUGCAGAUCCAAGGACUAUGGAAAAUGAACAUUACUAUUUAUUCCAUAAAUUCUAAUCUAUUGCCUUUAGGUUAACAAUCUCAUAGUAGGAAAUGCCUAAGAAAUGGAAAUAACAAUUCGGAAUUAUUCAAUGGGUUGAUCAUAUCCUAAUUGUGAAUAUCUGUGAAAUAGUGAAUCAAUUUUGUGGCAAAUUCUCCCCACAAAUAAUUGGUUCCUUAGAAGACUAUCAUAUUGUUUAGAAAGGAAUCUUAGGCAUCUUGGAGUAGAAGAACCCAACAGAAUUACAAAAGUCUUUUGCUGCCAUGAUGUUCUCAUUUGAGAUCGGGAUGGAAUAACAUUAGUGUCCCAUUUUUGUUUAAGUUUGUCAACUAUUUUUGUAAUUGAAUGCUGAGUAUUUUGCUUAUAAUGUGCAGAGUAGUGAAAACAUCAAGUAAUUGCAAGUGAUAUUGAAUACACUUGAUAAAUUGGUCAGGACUUUGAUUAUUUCAUCUGAAACACUAAGAGACAAAGAGAUUGAGGAAACGCAGGAUAAAGUAGUUUAUUUGAUUAUCGGAUCACAUUUCAUAUUUCUGUAUUAAAUGGAGGAUAAAAUUAAAGAGAUUAAUUAUGAUGAAGAAAUCAAACAGGAAUUAUUAUAAAUCGUGAGAAAUUGCUUAUUUUAUUCAUUUAAAUUUCUAAUCGUUUAUGUUGAUAGUUUCACUCAAAUUUUAAAUAAGAAUGAGUCCUUCCAAGCUCUCAUUUUUGAAGGGUACAAACAGCACAAACUAUUUUUAAUCAAAAUGCUCAAUGAUUUAAUUAAAAAGGACAGCUCUCACAUAUUUGACGUAAUUGAGACAAAAUCACUGAAAGUAAAUGACAAAUUGAUCAUGGAGAAAAUGAUAUCAGCAAAGUAAGUGUUUGUAGAUAAUCAAACUUUAUUGAAAAAAAUACAAGAAUCAUUUUUCAUAGAUGAGGAGUAUCAUUCUAAAACAAAAUGUGACUUUGAAGAAUCUUAUAGGAUUUUUGCUUAGAAGAAGAAAACAUUAUAGGACAAAUUGCAAUAAUAACGCCAGGGAAUCGAGGAAGUCUUAUUCUCAUAGAUGAUAUCUUCAUCAACGACUUAUUCUUAUGAUUAAAAGAUACAGAGAAUAGACUCGGAACAAAUCUGUAUGAGACAGGCAAGAUACAUGUUUAAAAAGUCAUUUAAUCGAGUCCGGGUCUUUAAUCAAUGGUGGGCUCAUCCAGAUUUCAAGGCCCAAAUAGAUAAACCAUUCGAUUCGAUUGAUAUGCAUUAUGAAAACAUUAAAUAAAAUUAGAUCUUUACAUGGAAAAUGUGGAAAUACGAAACCAAGUAAAAGUCAAGACCAUUACUCAAACCAAAGUUAUACGACUACCCUUAAAUUGAUACCGUUAUGCAAUCCCAACAAUAAAGCACAAGAAUAAUGAAUUUGGCUGAUUACGAUAAGAAACAACCAGAGAGACAAAGAAAGAAAAUACAUGAAAUCAUAUUUGAUACCAUCAUCCCCUUUUAUUCAUAAUAACAUGAAGAAGAUGAGGUGAUUCUUCACAGAGUCUAAUGGAUUAAGACCUUAACAGUUAGAAUAGGUUCUUUGCGUAUAAGUGACACUCAUUUGAUCUUCUAUUUUGAAUCAAUCACUCAAAAAGAGACUCAUCAAAGUCUAAUUAAAUUUAGAGUUCCUGAAGAUUCCCAAUUAGUCAAAUAGUGGGAUUUGGAUUAAAUCUAUGAUAUAUAAUUUCGAAGGUAUAUAGGUAGAUGGACUUCUUUAGAGUUGACCUUAUUGGAAGGCAGUACGCUCGUAUUCAAUUUUUCAAAUGGAGAUCAUCAAAAAGUGAUUGAAAAACUGAUCUCAUUGAAGAAAUAACGAACCAUCAAUAUUAAACCUAGGAUUUUAUCUGGGAAGUUGGAUCCUAUUAGUGUCUUAUUGGAAAGCAAGGCAAUGAACAAGUGGUAUAAUUAUAAGAUCUCAACCUUCGAAUACUUAAUGAAAGUCAAUAAAAUUGCUGGAAGAAGUAAUAAGGAUUUAACUUAAUAUCCCGUAUUUCCAUGGAUAAUGAAUGACGGCGAGCAAUUGCACAAAUAUCGUGAUCUGACUAAAAGCAUGGGGGCUUUGGGUACUAAAGACAGGAUUGAAGUGUUUGAAUAGAGAUACAAUAUGAUAGAUCAUUUUAAUAAGGUGCCGUAAUUUCACUUUGGGAGUCAUUAUUCAAGUCCAGCAAUAAUUUUCCAUUAUCUGAUAAGAUUGAAACCUUUCUCUGAUGGUGCCAAAGAGUUGCAAUCAGGGAAAUUCGAUUUAGCGGAUCGGCUCUUUUUUUCAUUCAUUGACACCUAUAGGAAUGCAGUUGAAGAAUUAAGUGAUGUCAGAGAAUUGAUACCUGAAUUCUUUUACUUGCCUGAGAUGUUUCUUAAUUUAUCUAAGUAUGACUAUGGGUUAUAGCAAACUGGACAAAGAGUAAACAAUGUAGACUUACCUAGUUGGACUCAAUAGAAUCCCUAUUUGUUCAUCUGUGCUCACAGAAUGGAAUUGGAAAGUGAUUAUGUCUCAUAACAUAUUUGCAAUUGGAUUGACUUAAUUUUUGGAUAUAAAUAAAAAGGAGAGGAGGCAGUCAAGGCUUUGAAUACAUUCUAUUAUUUGACAUACGAAAAUUCGAUAGAUUGGGACUCAAUCAAGAAUGAAAAACAAAAGAUUUCCUUAGAAUCAUAGGCAAUCCAUUUUGGUUAAUGUCCAAGCUAAAUUUGGGACAGACCCCAUAUUUCUAGAGGAAAAUUAAAAAUUGUAUAUAGAAUUGUAGAUGAAAAGAUAGAAAAGAGAAUUUUUAGGUAAAAACAAAAUAAUGCCCAAACUCAAUCAUAAAACUUUUCGAGAAACAAAUCGAUUAUUAGAAUACAGUUUUUGAGUGAUAGCAAAGUGUGGAUGAUUCGUCGUAGUGGUGAAUGUGCUACAGUUAAAUUAGAUUUAAAAGACAAUAAGCUUGAUAUUAAUAAUUAGAAGGAUCAAUCAAUCAAUUUUGGUAAAUUUUUGGAUGAAAAUCAAUAUCUCUUUGAUUGGACUUGUAAUUAUGAUGAAUUACCUGUGUUAAUCAGAGGAAAACAAGUAUUGAUUGGUGGUAUUUGGGAUGGGAGAAUGCUAAUUUAUAAUAACGGUAUAAUUUCUGAAUAGAAAUUUGAAUAAGAGUAUACGAUAACUGUAAUGAGAUUUGAUUAUAAAAUGAGAAUAUUAGCAACUGGUAGUAAGGAUGGAACUCUAAUAAUAUACAAAGUGUCUAAUAAUUCAUACAUUCCUGUUAGUAAACAUCAUCAUCAUGAUUAAUAAAUUACAGAUAUAUUUAUUUGUAAUGAUUUGAAAGUUGUAUUAACAUGUUCUAGUGAUAGUUGGAUUCACAUGUAUAAUUAAUGGUCAGGCAAAUAUCUAAGAAGUUAUAGACAUCCUAAAGGAUUACCCAUUAGUAAAGUUUGUAGCUAUUGUACACCUCUGUAUGGAAUAGCCUUUUAUGAAAACAAAAAUAUUUAUUCAUAUAGCAUCAAUGGGUAAUUCUUGGCCCAUCUUGAAUUAAAAUAAUAUGUUGUUAAUUAAGGACAUCUCAAAGUUGUAAAAGACUCAAAACUAACUGAUAUUAUUGUUUUACCAUUAUGUAUGGAAAAGAAAAUCUUGAUGCUGUCAACUCCCUUUCUACAAAAAAGAAAUGAAGUCUAAUUGACUGAUUGUCCACAAUCUAUGAAUGAUAUAAGUUCGUUUGCUUUGUCACCAGACAGAACAAUCUUAGCAUUUGGAACAUCUGAUGGAGAAUUUGGAUUGGCAGUUGAUUAGAGAAUCUUUCAAUAGGAUUGA